CUUGAAUUGAAUGAACAUUUGAUCCAAAGAGCGGUGCAAUCAGUGAUUGCCUGCAAAACCGAUGACAACAACUUCAAUGCCAUCAAUGCGUUGAUUAGCCAUUCAUUAGACACUCUUUGGUACAUAUCAUAUGAUAAUACAGGCGUUCAUUUGAUCCGACCAUUAGUUUGCGAACCGAUCGACAAAAGUAUUGACAAUAAAAAUGCAUUUCUUAAGCAAAUUAGCCCUCAAUUCAAGCGUUUCAUCAAAAGUACAAUAUUUGAGAUAUUUUUCGUCAAAUGUGAGGACAACCAAACUCUUCAUUAAUGGCCAGUUUGUGGAGUCGAAGACCAAUGAAUGGAUUGAUCUGAAAAAUCCCGCAACCAAUGAAUUGGUUACAAGAGUUCCGAAGAGCACCGACGCCGAGAUGGAGGCGGCCGUCAGUGCAGCCGAUAACGCGUUUAAGACGUGGUCAAAGACAUCGGUGUUGACCAGACAGCAGACAAUGUUUAAACUCCAGGCACUUAUCAAACAAAAUUUGAAACGACUGACGGAUAGUAUUACUGAAGAACAGGGAAAGACCACAAUAGACGCCGAGGGAGACGUGUUUCGUGGCCUUCAAGUGGUUGAACACGCGUGUAGUGUGACAUCACUUCUGUUGGGAGAGACAAUGCCAUCGAUUGCCAAAGAUAUGGACUCGUAUUCGUUGCGACUGCCAUUAGGAGCAACCAAUGAAUUGGUUACAAGAGUUCCGAAGAGCACCGACGCCGAGAUGGAGGCGGCGGUCAGUGCAGCCGAUAAUGCGUUUAAGACGUGGUCAAAGACAUCGGUGUUGACGAGACAGCAGACAAUGUUUAAACUCCAGGCACUUAUCAAACAAAAUAUGAAACGACUGACGGAUAGUAUUACUGAAGAACAGGGAAAGACGACAAUAGACGCCGAGGGAGACGUGUUUCGUGGCCUUCAAGUGGUUGAACACGCGUGUAGUGUGACAUCACUUCUGUUGGGAGAGACAAUGCCAUCGAUUGCCAAAGAUAUGGACUCGUAUUCGCUGCGACUGCCAUUAGGAGUCUGUGCCGGCAUAACUCCAUUCAAUUUCCCGGCAAUGAUCCCGCUUUGGAUGUUUCCGAUAGCACUGGUCAGUGGCAACACAUAUGUGCUGAAGCCCUCAGAGCGAGAUCCCGGCGCCGCUAUGAUCUUCAUGGAAAUGCUGGAAGAGGCGGGAGUGCCUCCGGGUGUUGUCAAUGUAAUCCAUGGUCAGCACAAAGCGGUGGAUUUUAUUUGCGACCACCCGAAGAUUCAGGCCAUCUCUUUUGUCGGCUCAGACACCGCCGGUAAAUACAUAUACGCGAGGGGUUCGGCCAAUGGGAAGAGAGUCCAAUCAAAUAUGGGCGCCAAGAAUCACGGCGUGAUUAUGCCCGACGCCAACAAAGACCACGCGCUCAACCAAUUAGCGGGCGCUGCGUUCGGAGCGGCCGGUCAGCGGUGUAUGGCUCUGUCGACCGCUGUAUUUGUCGGCGAAACCAAAGAAUGGAUCAAUGAUUUGGUGGAAAAGGCAAAGAAAUUGAAAGUAAACGCCGGACACAUACCG